UAAACCGGCCAUCCGCUGCAAAAUCAGCAUCACGCUUGAGAAAGUUUGCUGUCCCCCCUUAUUCACAGAUCAAUGAAGACGCACAGGCUCAGUUAUACUUGAAGAAGUUUUUCAAGUGGGAAAAAAAAGAGUUAUAUUCAGGAGCAAGCUGACCACUUCUGGAGGUCCAGUUUUCUUUGAGGUCCAUAGCCAUCCAGAGCAGAGAUGCCGGUAGCGUUGGGAGGUCCUGUGGGGUACACGCCUCCGGAGGGCGGCUGGGGAUGGGCAGUGGUGGUGGGAGCCUUCAUUUCUAUCGGCUUCUCCUACGCUUUCUCCAAGUCGAUCACUGUCUUCUUCAAGGAGAUCGAGGUGAUCUUCGACGCCACCAGCAGCCAGGUGUCCUGGAUCUCCUCGAUCAUGCUGGCAGUGAUGUAUGGUGGAGGUCCCAUAAGCAGUAUCCUGGUGAACAAGUUUGGUAGUCGUCCUGUCAUGAUGGCUGGGGGCUGCCUGUCCGGCGCUGGUUUGGUGGCAGCCUCGUUUUGCAACACUGUGGGAGGGCUCUACUUCUGCGUGGGAGUCAUAGGAGGUUUGGGAUUAGCUUUCAACCUGAACCCAGCUCUGACCAUGAUCGGCAAGUAUUUUUAUAAGCGGCGUCCUAUCGCCAACGGCAUAGCCAUGGCGGGCAGCCCUGUGUUUCUGUCCAUCCUCUCGCCCCUCAACCGAUGGUUAUUCGACACAUUUGGCUGGAGGGGGAGCUUUCUCAUCCUGGGGAGCUUGCUGCUGAACUGUUGCGUGGCUGGAUCCCUCAUGAGACCCAUCGGCCCCAAGCCGACAACAGCCAAGCAAGUAGAAGCCGUGGAUGUUUCACAAGAAUCGGGGAAAGCUGCAGAAGCAGCCGUAGACCUCCUGUCGGAGAAGCCGAAAGAGAAGCUAACAGUGUACCAGAAGAUGAACCGCUUCAUUGAUCUCACCUUGUUCACUCACCGAGGCUUCUUGCUCUACCUGCUGGGCAACGUCACCAUGUUUUUUGGUCUCUUCUCCCCAUUGAUCUACCUCAGCAAUUACGCCAAGAGCAAGCACGUUGAUAAAGAGCGAGCAGCCCUCCUGCUGUCCGUUUUGGCCUUUGUGGACAUGUUUGCCAGGCCGUCCAUGGGUCUCUUAGCCAAUACCAAGUGGGUACGGCCCCGGGUUCAGUAUUUCUUUGCUGUUUCUAUCUUGUACAAUGGAGUGUGUCAUCUUUUAGCCCCCCACAUCACGACCGGUUUCGUGGGAUUCGUCGUCUACGCCAUCAUCUUUGGGUUUGCUUUUGGCUGGCUGAGCUCCGUCUUGUUUGAAACCCUGAUGGAUCUGGUGGGAGCCCAGAGGUUCUCCAGUGCUGUCGGUCUGGUCACUAUUGUGGAAUGUGGCCCUGUAUUGCUGGGACCUCCACUGCUUGGCUAUCUGCAUGACAUCUAUGAUGACUAUGCAUACACCUACUACGCCUGUGGAGUGAUCCUAGUCGUCUCCAGCGUCUUCCUGUUUGUGGGAAUGGGCAUCAACUACAGGCUGCUGGACAAGGAGCGCAAAGCCGAGUUAGAGGAAGAGAAGCAAGAGGCCAGGGAGGAAGAAACGAACACUGACGGCGCCAUCAAGGUGAAAGCCAUCAGUGACGUCCAGCCUGCAAAGACUGGAGCUGAUUUGAAAACGGAGGAGGAGAACAGCGUGUAACAGGAAACUGUUCAGCACUGGCAGUCUUCCUUUAGGCAGCCACUACCUUGUUUUGUUGUUGUAGUUUUAGGUGAAACUUGUAUAGCUAGUGCCUUCUUAAAAAUUAAAAUAAGUUCAGUUUGGGUGCAUUUGUAUAAGAGAAGCAAUGAUGCAUUCACCAUGCCCUCACUUCUGGGGAAUGUUCUUUCAUAAACUCUGCCAGAAGCUUUGGUUGUUCCAGAUCAAAUGGUCAUUUCAAGUUGACAUGGGUGCAUCCCAUGUUGCAUAUCGCUGACUUUUUAGCCCCUUAGGACCAAGUGAACAUUGCAUUUAACUAUAGCCUGCUGUAAAGAUUUAGAAUGUUGGAUUUUUUUAGUUUUUAUUUUUUUGAAAAUUAAAUGCUGAUUGGUCAAAGUCCGGUCCUUAAAGGGACAAGCGUUUGGUCUCCUGAAAUGUCCUGUGACCUUCCUUAUGUAGCCCACACUUUUUAGAUGGUGCUUCCCCAGGCAUGGAUUUUCAGGGUGCUCUGACACACACACGUGGCCUUUUUUAUUUACUGCUGUGAUCAUAGCUUGCGGCAGGACCCUUUUAACCCUAGAGCCUUUCUCUGUCAAUUAAACUGACGAUCGCUGCACCCUGACUGGAAACUCCAGCACCUGCAUCUGAAACAAGCAUCUUCAAGUUUGUUUUUUUGUUUUUUUUAAUGAAAGCCCUAUUUGUAAAACAUUUAAAAACAUGAUCUUGUUCUUGGUGAAAUGGUAUCCCUCUUAUGCAAUUGAGAAACGUGCUAGUAACUAGAAUAUUAAAUCCGUGAUUUGAGCCUUUUAUUUUGAGAACAAACACUGGAACGGUACCUCCUGCAUUAAAUGCUAAUUCCAACUUCCAAGAUGCACCCCCCCCGUCUGACAUGUCUGUAAACUGUGUGUGUGUGUGCAUUGCAUUGCAAGAGAAGCACACUGAGUAUUCACAGGUACAAAGAUAGAUCAUUCCCUAAUGUAGCCAUCAGGUUGUGAUCUGCAGUUUUUGCAAGUACGUUGUCACUUGUUUUAUAAAAAUGUCACUUUUUAUAUAGGCCUUUUUAUUAUUUAAAAGCGGCUGUUUAAUUGUUUCCUUUUUAAUUGCAUUCAUUGGCUUCUGUUAGUGCAAUAUUUUGCAAACAGAUGUCUUUGUACAUGUGCAUUACCAAGUUGUAAAGACAAUCUAUCUUGACCCCUGAACCGUUACUUUUUUUUUUUGAAAACUGCAUGCAGCUGCUUGUGAUGUCGUGCAGGUUGCUGUAACGAGACCCUGUGCAGAUCUGCAACAAUCUGCCUGACCUGGAAAAACGUGACCCCUGACCUUUCAACUGUGUUGGUUCCACCUGUUCUACCGUGCUGUGUAGUAAGAGCCAGUGGUUAGUCUUGCAUGACUUUUCCAGCACAGACAAUGAUCCGAUACAUACGUUCUUCUAGUAUGCACGAGGCAGAUGGGGACUGGAUUAAAUGCUGGAGUAACAGAACCGCUGUCUGUAUUGUGUGUCUUAACAGAGCAGAGACUGGGGCUGAAUAAAUGAUGAAGCUGAUAAAAUAGGACUGACUGCAAAACGGGGAGAAGUUUUUGUAAUUCAUUUUUCACCCAUGUAAAAUAUGUUUGUCUUUUUGAUUGGUUGUGCCUCGCUUUUUUCCUGUCCAAGUUGCACGGUCCGAUUCCCUACCAUUGCUCCGAGGUAAACGCUGAAUGAAUUUGUCCUGUUGUGCCUUCAGAUCAAUCGUUUUAAUAGGCCAGAAACAUCUGUGAUUCUUCAUUCCAGUUUUAGAUUUAAUUCUACCAGACUUCUGGGAUAUUUUUGUUUUUGGUGAAUUACAAAUCAAACAAA